AUGGAGAGACCGGUGAAGGAUGGGAUCCUCUAUGUGCAGCACUGCAAAUUUGGGAAGAGGUCCUGGAGGAAGAUGCGAGCCCAGCUCUUUGCCGCCAGCCCCUCCGGCGUGGCCCGCAUGGAGAAGUUCGACGUGCGGGAUGACGGUACGGCGUUGGAGAAGACCUCCCUGAAGCGGUGUGCCCGCCGGGUGAUCCGCCUCUCGGACUGCGUCUCUGUGGGCCCGGCAGGCACCGAGAGCUGCCCCAAAGCCACCGCCGCCUUCUACCUCACCACCACGGAAAAGAACUACGUGCUGGCGGCCGAGCAGCGGGAUGAGUGGAUCGCCCAGCUCUGCCAGUUGGCCUUCCAGGGUGCGAAGGAGACGGCGCAGAGCAGUGCCAGGAGCCAGCCCAGCCCCGCUGUCCCCAUGGAGGAGAACUCCCUCUAUUCCUCCUGGCAGGACCUGACCGAAUUCCUGGUGCUGGUGGUCCGGACGGACGCGGCCGCCCGCUGCGGCCUGCACGGGCACUACGUGCUCUCGGCCCUUCCCCAGAGCCUGACGCUGAAGGACCCGCAGUCCCGCCAGCCCCUGCUCACCUGGCCCUACCCCUUCCUCCGCAAGUUUGGCCAGGAUCAGACCGUCUUCUCCUUCGAGGCCGGGCGCCGCAGCGACUCCGGCGAGGGGGGAGCGGGGGUUCCCUCCCCGCCGAAGCCCCGGCUCUUGUGCGCGGAGAUGGGCUCGCUCCCAGGCGGCAUCUGCUCGGCCGGCUGCCGGAGCGCCAGCCCGGCUGCUCUGCCAGGCGCCUGGGCCGGCGUCGCGCAGCUCCUGCUGUGA